AUGUCAAUUACAAUCGACAAUGGGCCCCAAGAUGGGCCGGAUCUAAUUGGGCCUGAUCAAACACAGAAAAGGCCCUUCAGAGAACGCAUCAACCACUCCGUCAAGGCUUUUACUACCAAGGCUGGCUUGCUAGGCAAUUAUGAUUAUGUCUUUCUCUUCAAGCCAAACCUUCCGUUUAUGAAAAAGUCCAAGAGACGGGCACCAUUUUUCGGGCUUCAUGAUCGGAUGCCAGUCAUUCUUGCGAUUCUCCUAGGAUUCCAACAUGCUCUUGCCAUGCUGGCAGGAAUCAUCACGCCUCCAAUUAUAAUAGCUAGCUCCGCAAACUUUGACGCCAAGACUACGCAAUAUCUGGUAUCGACUUCUUUAAUAGUCUCCGGUAUCCUCUCCGCUAUUCAAAUCACCAGAUUCCAUAUUCGGAAGACCCCCUAUUAUCUCGGCACAGGCCUGAUUUCCGUCGUUGGAACUUCAUUCGCUAUCAUCCCGAUUGCCACCAAGAGUCUUGCUCAGAUGUACGCAAAUGGAAUGUGCCCCUCGGACGCGGAAGGAAAUCCUCUGCCCUGUCCAGAUGGCUAUGGGGCACUUCUCGGUACAUCCUCGCUCUGUGCAUUGUUGGAGAUUGCACUGUCAUUCAUGCCCCCUUCGCUACUAAAGAAGCUCUUUCCACCAAUCGUCACCGGCCCCACGGUGACACUCAUCGGCGUCUCGCUGAUUGAAAGCGGACUUGGUAGCUGGGCUGGUGGUGUUGGAGGUUGUAUGAGUAGGCCCGAGUCGGGACCUUUCAUGCUUUGUCCUUCCAACACUGCCCCUCAUGCUUUGCCUUGGGGUAGUGCGGAGUUUAUUGGUCUGGGUUUCUCUGUUUUUAUCACCAUUAUUCUCAUGGAGAGAUUUGGAGCCCCUAUUAUGAAAUCUUUGAGCGUCGUGCUGGGUCUUCUAGUGGGUUGCAUUAUCGCAGCUGCAUGUGGAUACUUCGACAACAGCUCCAUCGACUCAGCUCCAGCCGCAUCGUUCAUCUGGGUCAAGACAUUCAAGCUCUCUGUCUACGGGCCCCUAGUCCUUCCUCUCCUAGCAAUAUACCUCAUCCUCAUGAUGGAAACCAUCGGCGACAUAACCGCCACCUGCGACGUCUCCCGCCUCCAAGUCGAAGGCAAACUUUUCGAUUCCCGCAUCCAAGGCGGCGUCCUUGCCGAUGGCAUAAACGGCAUGCUUGCCGGUCUCUGCACAAUAACCCCCAUGUCAGUAUUUGCGCAAAACAACGGCGUCAUCUCACUCACUCGGUGCGCAAAUCGCAAAGCCGGCUACGUAGCCUGCUGCUUCCUCAUCAUCAUGGGUAUCUUCUCAAAAUUCGCUGCUGCGCUAACCGCUAUCCCUGAUGCCGUCUUGGGAGGCAUGACAACCUUCCUCUUCUCCAGCGUUGCUGUCUCGGGAAUGCGUAUCAUCUCUACCGUGACAUUUACACGCCGUACUCGCUUCAUCCUCGCAGCUGCUUUGGCUCUUGGUUUCGGAGCCAUCCUCGUGCCAGAGUGGUUCUCGUAUGUCUUCACAUAUACUGGGGAUAAUAAAGCGAAGGCGGGGUUUUUCGAUGCUAUUACCCUGGUUAUGGAGACUGGCUUUGCAGUUACGGGAUUUAUGGCCGUGGCAUUGAAUUUGCUGCUGCCAGAAGAGGAUGAGUCGGAAGAGACGGAGAGUUUGGCGGGGGAUCUUUCGGAGAGGGGGGAGGUGGAGGAGGAGGUUGAGUUUCCAGCCAAGCGUAGUGGUGAGCCCCAGAGUACGGCCGUGAGGCCGAGUGAUAGUAUUGAGGAAACGAAAGGUUGA